UAACGACCGAGAAGACUGUAAGGAGGAGAGAUAUUUUGCCUGUGCUGGGUGUACCAAAUCAUGUAUGGCGUAACAGCGUAAGUUCGCUAACCCACACUGCUAUUCUUCAACUGGGGUUUGCGCAGUAGUGUAGUGCCUGCCUGGCAAAUUUAUCUUUUCUAUUGUUUGGGACGAUUCGCUUAUUUUAUCAUAAACUUGAAAUGUAAUCUCGAAAAUGAACAAUCAAAGUUGGUGAAUUUGGUAAACAACAAAGAUAUGGAGGAACAUGAAGCAGAAGAAUUUCCAUACAGAAGUCCAGAUAAAUGCAAGAACAGAAAGAUCAUGUUUAUUAUCAUAAUAGUGUUUUUUGGGCUUCUAUUAAUUGGUUUUAUACUGGUUUUUGUUGUUUUUCCUCUAGUAUUUAUGAAUAGUAUCACAUUACAGCAGACUUUAGUAUUUACAAGAUGGAAUCUUUUGACAAAUAAAACUGCCUAUAAAAAGUUCAGAUUUCCAGCUUACAAACAACAUUAUGUUGAAGUUGAAGAUUUAGGUAAUAAACCUAAAUUAAAUAUAGGAAUUUGGCAUGUUUUGCCAAUAGAUUUAGCCAUGGAAGCGCUAGUAACUGGCAACAUUGACUACGACAAAGCUUUAAAAGAUAGCAAAUAUGAUGUUUUAUUAUAUUUUCAUGGAACUGGAGAAGAUAGGACUCAAAACAUUAGAAAGUACCAGAUAUUUAGGUUGUUCUUUCACAUAAUAGCUUUUGACUAUAGAGGUUAUGGUGACUCAGACGAAGGUGAUAUGUUUGAAAAAAACAUAAUUAAUGACUGUAGUCAAAUCUAUAGAUGGCUUCAAAAUAGAACAAACUCUUCUAUUUAUAUAUGGGGUCAUUCUCUCGGCACCUCGAUCUCUGUUAGCACUAUAAAAGAUCUGGGGUCGACAGCUAAUAUUAGUGGAUUGGUAUUGGAAAGUGCUUUUACCACUUUCAAAAAUGAACUUUACCACCAUCCUUAUGUCAAGUAUUUUACAUGGUUGCCUUGGUUUCAACAAACUGUCGUUAAUCCACUCCAUAAAAAUGGAUUUAUUUUUGAUACAGCAAGUGCCAUUUUAAAUGUGUCCUGUCCCAUUUUGUUUUUACAUGCAAAAGAUGAUAGUAUUGUUCCUUAUUUUAUGAGUCAAAAGUUGUACAAAAUAUCCAGAAAAAGAAACGUUGACGAAUCUAUAAUAAAUGACACAAGGUUGAUCUUGUUUGAUAAAGCAUUAAACUUGGAUCAUUACAAAAUAUAUCAAGAUUCUUACACAGUAUUUUUUAUGAUGGAAUUCUUUAAGAUCAAACAUUCUAAAGAGAAAAUGAUUCAAAGCUCACAUCAAAGUUAACGUGCGGCUGUGAUAAUAACUUUUCUAAUGUAGUGGAAAUAGCUAUUAUGAAAAAAAAAUUUGUAAUCUAUAUACAAGAUAAUACUCAUAAAUCUCGUC